AUGGUGGCGGACAUAAUGAUGGCCAGAGCUCCCUCUCGCUUUCCCCCUACCUGCACGACGCCACCACACGACGCUGCCCCUCAACUGCCGCACUUCUCCCACACAACAUCCAGCCUGACCGCCACGUCCUCCACCGACCCGCGGUGCCGAGCUCCGAAUCCCACGUCGCACAGCUCGUCUGGCCCCGUUCCGUCCGCGAGCUGCCCGGCGAUGGUCAGGUUGAACGCCCCGUCGUAUCAGGACCCGGCCAUCCCGUACCGCAACCUGGCCGUCGCCGUGUCGGUUAGGGUCUGGGGCGAGGGAGUAGUAUUGGAUGACGCGCUGCUUGUCGAGGAAGCCUCGCCAUAG